AUGUUUUUGCUGGAUAAAUCUGGGACAACUGUAAGUAUAUAGUUUAAAAUUUAUUGAACAACUUUUGAACCUUUCCCAAUGGUUAAAACUUUAAAGACUAUCAUGAGGCUGGCAUGAUGAACGAAGGCUGGCAUGAUGAACGAAGCCUGUAAACUGUCAUGGAUGUCGCCAGGUGCAAACUUUCACAAACAAUUUUCGACGAAAUCGUUCAGAUAUUCUCCUCACGUUUGGAAGACCAAAAUCCAAGAAUUAUGAGGAAUAGAAAGAGAAGGGUCUCGAGUGUCUAUCUUUUACAAUUGAAAGUAAAUUCUUUUAGUUAAUCCAUCUCCCUUCUAUACCCCAAAGCCGACCUCAAUACAGCGCUGCGUGAAUACUUUUAAUUGGUUUACCGGCAUUUUUUUUUCUAAGAGGGAUAUCGAUAGACAAAGAUAAACUCAUAUUUGUUUGUUAUUCCACAAUACUCAAAUCGGAUUACUUGGCUGGUGAAUCAAUAGAAAUUGUGGUCUUUGGCUUUUUACAACAAAUGUAAUUAGUACUUGCACUCUUUCCUACAGGGCGCAAAUUAAUUCGGGCGGGCAAAGUAUCUUUGUAUCUUUGAAUUGCGUCGGUCAAAGAUGCGUUUUUGAUUUAGGAUUAAAUUUCUUAUUCUUAUGAAGAUGCUGGAUUGUUUUGCCCAUCCUAGAGUCAGGCGAAACUGAAACAUUCACUUAAAUGUGUCGCGCAAUCGAGUUCUACUACCUUCAUCAACGGUUUUUUUUUUACCUAAUUUAAUGGAUUGAGUGGCUCGAAGUGCAAUUACGAACAACCACGAAUAUUUUUUACUUUUAUCAUUAUUAACUCUUUCUAAACCAAGGUUCAAAAUUAAAGCGAUUUGAGGGUUCGAAUAACUAAAUCGUCUUUAGUCUCGAGGAAUUCUGCCUGAUCCCGUGCUUAAUUCCGAUAAAAUUAAGAGUGUGUUUGCUGGACGUCGUGAAAUCUUGUUCAUUCAAGUCUUUUUCUUUCAGUUUAAGUCUCCAUGGUUAUUCUUGUCUUCUAAAAUCUCUUUGGGUGUCGAGACUCUUGGUUCGCCAUUACCUACUUUCCUCCCCUCUUCUCCCCUGUCAGGUCGUCCUCAAUCAGUUCCCCCUACGGUACAACCUCGUUCCUAGUGACCACUCCUACUCUCCCCUCUCAGGGGGAUGAGUUGUACAAAACCCUGGUUAUUAUGAAAAGGCUUCCUCAGAUACCAUAAUUGCAUAAUGAUAUACAGAUUUUGUAAAUCGUCAGGAAUUCGAAGCAUAUAGCUAUAGGUCACUUGUUGUGAUGGGGAAAGUAAGACAAUGAGGAAUAAAGAACGAAUUAACUCGGCUAUGAAAACUUCGUUUCCUAAUAUGCAAAACUUCCUAACUUAGUAAGGCCAUCGCAAAUUUCUCUUUCGAAAAUUUUAAACUGUUCAGUACAGUCUGGCCAAAAUUCCCCACAAAGUGUUGUAAGGAGCAUGAAAGCAUAUUCAUGUGGAGAGUACAAUAUAAAUGCAUCAUUAUCAUAAUCAAAAACAGCUGGGCUAAAGUAAGCUCAAUAUUAGAUCAUUAAGUGUGCUUCCGGUGACUCUGGGUUAGGAGACCUUCUUUUCACACUGACGCACACACGAUCCUGACUUCCAUUGUUGCCAGAUGGUGUACUUCCGAACCCGCCCAAGAUUAUUUUGAAUAACAUACUAUUUCCUGUGAACAUACACUACCCACUGAGUUGUACGUGUUUACAUCUAUUUUAAGUUUUGUUAUGUCUUUUUCAAUCGUUGUUCAUCAUUCUUUAGUUAGAAGAUCGGAAGGAAGUGUCACAGGCGGCCCAGGAGGCGAAACUAGAUAGAGAACUGCGCCGUUUUGAAGAGGAGUUGGAAUUGUUUUUAAUUGAUAAAGAUCACUUUUUGGAAGAUCUCUACCGCCGAUUAAAACAAAUUACUUCUCUCUGGAAAUCAUGGAGAUGUCAGAGAUUGCGUGAAAUUUCUGUAACGCAACUUGUGUCCGCAAAACAGGUAAACAACUUUGAAUGGGUAGGUGCUUGUCACAUUUGAAGCUAGUUUAAGGCUUGACACUCGGCAAAGCAUGAAACCGCGAAUUUGAAAUUUUUAGGGGAUAGAAUCUUCCAGAGUGGCUCAGGCAAUUAUUCGUAACGCGCUCAAUUCCUUUUACUUAAGUUUAUUGCUUCACACUACAUUUCAUGGUAAGUGUGCCACUAACGGGUUCUUUAUCCCUUUUAUCUGUAGAUUGAAGAUCUUAUUCACUGGGAACAAAACCUCCCUGGGAAGAAGAAGACUAUAACAAAAAUAGAAAAACCAACAGAUAUGCUGAUCAGAUUCCUUCAAGCUUGUCUCGAAUCCAGACAGCUUUACGAACAAUUCCUCCUCUCAAUUUACAAACCUCUUCACCUGUUCUUUAGUGAUGACAAAGCUGCCCCUUUUUCCGAGGCAUUGGGUCGAGUUCUCGAGAAGUGGAGUUACCUACUCGAACCAAGCCCCAUAGAUCACAGACUACUGAGUGCAGAGAGUUCCGAAGCAGUCCACAACAUGAACUUGUCAAAGAAACCACGUGACACAAAUUUCAACCUUAUUCUGCGGCUAGUGCCGGACUUCGCCGUAAAAGGCUUCGAAGCUCUUUACCUUGCGCGACAGUGGAGAGCUCUUUUAGGUUACUCGGGUUACAGUAGAGAAUUGAAAUUCAUUCAAAUCCGGAGACAGCGUCGAUCAAGAGAGCACAUCAGUAGUGAGCCCGCAAAUAUUCCCGUUCCUUUCAGCAUAUUUCAUAAUUUGGAAAGAAAACUUAACCAAUCGAAAGAUCGAUACAAAACAGUGGACCCAAGAAAUCACAUUACAAAAGCUGUACUCCACCAUGAAACUCACACCAACACGAAUUAUGGCGUGCAAGGAACAUUUGCAAGAUCCACCAAUGACGACACGAAAUUCACUUCAUUUACCCGCGAGUCUAACGAACAGCGAAUCCACCGUUUGCAGACAGAUCUGAAACGUGAACAACUACAAGUGCAGAGGCUUAGAAACGAACUUCUUCACGUAGAAAUUGCGUCGCGCUACAUGAGGGAACCGCCAAUGCUAAGACCACUGUUUGACAUUCUGGCCUCUACCAAGGGAAAGUGCCGCAUGUUAAGAAAUGAGAUUUCAAAACAGGCUUGCCAGCCCGAUUGUGCUUUUGACAAAAUCCCUAACUCCAGAGGUUUGAUCCAAUCUAGUAAGGACUCUUUCACGUCAGAAAGGAAAAGGUUAGCCUCCAGGGCUCUUUUGACCUCUUGGCACCGCGCGCAAACCACUUAGAAACAACUUGUGAUCUGAAAAUACGUUUAAAAAAAACACACACAAGUGGGAACUGAAACAGAGAACCUAAAGGCGUUUGCAGGAAGAAGUCUGUUCUCUUCACUCAAUUUAUCACAAUUUAUCAAAUGUAUUUGAGGGGUGUGAAGUGUGAGAGGGCAAGACUACUCUAAUCUCUUGUGCAGAAGCAAGUGAGUCAGGAGUAUUCAGUAUAUUAAAAGCUUUUUGAUCAGAAUAUAUAUUUGCCUCCGACCCUAAAUGUUUGAUACUAGCAUAUCAACCACUCCAUCUCGUCAGCUG